GACCACCACUAUUACUAGCUUAGGACAAGUAACCACAGUAGCUUAUAAUGGCUCUCUUUCUACUCAUCAUCCUGUAGUGAUUUUGUGGACAAGUCAAGUUUUGUCACUUCCUGGUUCCCCAAACUCCACUGGUUUUCCCAUCAUACCUAGAAUUAAAUCCUAAAUUUUGGUCUAUGUGUGUUCAUUAUUUGGCCUAAUUGCCUACUGUUUUGUUCUUGCUCACUAGUCGAUCUUCAAGCAUGCAAAGGCUUUUCACUCAAAUAUUCUUAACGUUCAUUCUUUCUAAAUUCAGGUGUUUGCUCCAGUGUCAUAAGCUCAGAGGCCUUCCAUGUCCACCACUAAAACAUACCCUUAGUUACUUAUCGGACAGUUUUUUCUUAAUAGCACUUAAAGCUUACCCAGAAUUACGCAAACUUUAUAAGUGAAAAACAUUUUGGUCACUUUAUCCCUUGUGUCUGGCAUAUUGACAUUUGUUGAGCGAAUAUGAAAAUGAUGGGUGUUGGACUAAAAAUGGGUAGUAGUGAUGAUUACACUGGAAUUGGAAGUGUCUUGGUUUGAGGAAGGAGUUCAGCUUCAGACAUUUUGAAUCUGAGGUAUUCAAGAAAUGUCAAGCAAGCAGUUGGAAUUUGUUUACUUGAAGUUCAACAAUCUGGCCCAAAGACAACGUAUAAGAAUAUACAGGUGGUUCUUGUAGUAUAAAAAUAUAUAGGUGGUGCUUGUAAUAUGCUUGGGCGGGUUCGCCUGGGAGCUGGGCGGGAGGAAGAAGUAAUUUAACAAGAGCAGAGCCCCAGAGCUGAUUUUCAGAAGAGCGCUAUCAUUUGAUGUCCAGUUUAGGCCUAAAGGGAAUUUACAAAGUACCCGCACCGGUGGGUAGAAAUACUGAGUUUCCGACAGGUCUACAGGGUCCUUUCUUCAGGUGUGGAAGAUCAAGUGAAUAAAAUAGAUCUGCUGACCGAGUUUCCUCAUUUUGUCACGUUAAAAUGGGAAGUUAUUUAAAUAAAAGGGUAAAAUUACGCACAGAUCCCUGGAGUCGGUCGUCUCGUAUAACUAGGAUAAACACUAAGAGCCAUGGACCCCCUUACCGUGUGCUGCCCCGGGCCUGUCUGGUAACCCGGGCUCGCCCCAGCACAGCGGCAAGCGCUUAUUUUGUCCCUCGGAGCCAGGGCAUCUUGAUUCUGAUACGAGAGGCAAAUCGCACCCGUGCCACUUGGAGCAGAGACUAAAAUUCCAAAACCGCGCUGGGCACGUAGGCUGCAGCUCCGCCUCCCGGGCAUCUGACGUCAUCACAUGGAGACAUGGUUGCCGAAAGUCCCCGCACGCACUCCGCACCGCGCCGAUAGUGCGCUCGCGCACAUGGAGCCUUUCAGUGCCUGAGCAGGAUGCGCGUCGCGGAGUGAGGCCAGCGCUGAGAGCGCGCGGUCAGGCAUCGCUAGGGGCAGCCCGCCGCUCCCUCUGGGCUUCUGGAGUAAUUGGGUUUCCCCACGUGCUUCCGCUUGGCUGCUGGCUGGGAUCCGCUGGGUUCGGGGUGCAGUGAUAGUCUUUCACCAUGCAUCGGAAGAAAGUAGAUAACCGAAUCCGGAUUCUCAUUGAGAAUGGAGUUGCUGAAAGGCAAAGGUCUUUGUUUGUUGUAGUCGGAGACCGAGGAAAGGACCAGGUGGUCAUACUCCAUCACAUGUUGUCCAAAGCAACUGUGAAGUCUCGGCCUUCAGUGCUGUGGUGUUAUAAGAAAGAGCUGGGGUUUAGCAGUCACCGGAAGAAAAGAAUGCGACAGCUACAGAAGAAAAUAAAGAAUGGGACGUUGAACAUAAAGCAAGAUGACCCCUUUGAACUCUUCGUGGCGGCCACAAACAUCCGCUACUGCUACUACAAUGAAACCCACAAGAUCCUGGGCAACACCUUUGGCAUGUGCGUUCUCCAGGAUUUUGAAGCUUUAACUCCAAACUUACUGGCCAGAACUGUGGAAACAGUGGAAGGUGGUGGGCUGGUGGUCAUCCUCCUACGGACCAUGAAUUCGCUCAAGCAGUUGUACACAAUGACCAUGGACGUGCAUUCAAGAUACAGGACGGAGGCCCAUCAGGAUGUGGUGGGACGGUUUAAUGAGAGAUUUAUUCUCUCUCUGGCCUCUUGUAAGAAGUGUCUUGUCAUCGAUGACCAGCUCAGCAUCCUGCCCAUCUCCUCCCACGCUGCCAGCAUUGAGGCCCUACCUCCCCAGACCCCGGAUGAGAGUCUUGGUCCUUCUGAUCUGGAGCUGAAGGAGUUGAAGGAGAGCUUGCAGGACACCCAGCCCGUGGGUGUGUUGGUGGAUUGCUGCAAGACCCUAGACCAGGCCAAAGCUGUCUUGAAGUUCAUUGAGGGGAUCUCUGAAAAGACCCUGAGGAGUACUGUUGCGCUCACGGCUGCCCGAGGAAGGGGGAAGUCUGCAGCCCUGGGAUUGGCUAUUGCUGGGGCAGUGGCUUUUGGGUACUCCAAUAUCUUUGUUACCUCCCCAAGCCCCGAUAACCUUCACACUCUUUUUGAAUUUGUAUUUAAAGGAUUUGACGCUCUGCAGUAUCAGGAGCAUCUGGAUUAUGAGAUUAUUCAGUCUCUCAAUCCUGAAUUUAACAAAGCAGUGAUCAGAGUGAAUGUAUUCCGAGAACACAGGCAGACCAUUCAGUAUAUACAUCCUGCAGAUGCUGUGAAACUGGGCCAGGCUGAGCUCGUUGUGAUCGAUGAAGCCGCCGCCAUCCCCCUGCCCCUGGUGAAAAGCCUCCUGGGCCCCUACCUUGUGUUCAUGGCAUCCACCAUCAACGGCUACGAGGGCACUGGCCGGUCCCUGUCCCUCAAGCUGAUUCAGCAGCUCCGUCAACAGAGUGCCCAGAGCCAGAUCAGCACCACUGCUGAAAACAAGGCCACAGCGACAGCCAGACUGGCAUCAGCGCGAACGCUGCAUGAGGUUUCUCUGCAGGAGUCCAUCCGAUACGCCCCCGGGGACGCGGUGGAGCAGUGGCUGAACGACUUGUUGUGCCUGGAUUGCCUCAACAUCCCCCGGAUAGUCUCAGGCUGCCCCCUGCCUGAGGCCUGCGAGCUCUACUACGUUAACAGAGAUACUCUCUUUUGCUACCACAAGGCCUCUGAAGUUUUCCUCCAAAGGCUUAUGGCCCUCUAUGUGGCUUCUCACUACAAGAACUCCCCCAACGAUCUCCAGAUGCUUUCUGAUGCGCCUGCCCACCUUCUGUUCUGCCUCCUGCCCCCUGUGCCCCCCACCCAGAAUGCCCUUCCCGAAGUGCUUGCUGUCAUCCAGGUGUGCCUGGAGGGGGAGAUUUCUCGCCAGUCCAUCUUGAAUAGCCUGUCUCGAGGCAAGAAGGCUUCGGGGGACCUGAUUCCAUGGACCGUGUCCGAACAGUUCCAAGACCCAGACUUCGGUGGCCUUUCAGGUGGAAGGGUUGUUCGCAUUGCUGUUCACCCGGAUUAUCAAGGGAUGGGCUACGGCAGCCGAGCUCUGCAGCUGCUGCAGAUGUACUUUGAGGGCAGAUUCCCUUGUCUCGAGGAAAAGGUCCUUGAGACGUCACAAGAAAUUCGUACUGUCAGCAGCGAGGCUGUCAGCUUGUUGGAAGAGGUCAUCACUCCCCGGAAGGACUUGCCUCCCUUACUCCUCAAACUGAAUGAGAGGCCUGCUGAGCGCUUGGAUUACCUGGGUGUGUCCUAUGGCUUGACCCCCAGGCUCCUCAAGUUCUGGAAGCGAGCUGGGUUUGUUCCUGUGUAUCUGAGACAGACCCCGAAUGACCUGACUGGAGAACACUCGUGCAUCAUGCUGAAGACACUGACUGAUGAGGAUGAGGCUGACCAGGGAGCCUGGCUCCCGGCCUUUUGGAAAGACUUCCGAAGGCGGUUCCUAGCCCUGCUGUCCUACCAGUUCGGCACCUUUUCGCCUCCCCUGGCUCUGAACAUCAUUCAGAACAGGAACAUCGGGAAGCCAGCACAGCCAGCACUGUGCCGGGCUGAACUGGAAGCCCUCUUCCUUCCCUAUGACCUGAAGAGGCUGGAGAUGUACUCACGGAACAUGGUGGACUAUCAUCUCAUCAUGGACCUGAUCCCGGCCGUCUCCCGGAUGUAUUUCCUAAACCAGCUGGGGGACCUGUCCCUGUCUGCGGCCCAGUCAGCUCUUCUCUUAGGCAUUGGCCUCCAGCACAAGUCUGUGGAUCAGCUGGAAAAGGAGAUUGAGCUGCCCUCAGGCCAGUUGAUGGGACUUUUCAACCGGAUCAUCCGCAAAGUGGUGAAGCUAUUUAAUGAAGUGCAGGAGAGGGCCAUUGAGGAGCAGAUGGCGGCAGUGAAGGAUGUGGUUAUGGAGCCCACGAUGAAGACCCUCAGUGAUGACCUGGAUGAAGCAGCAAAGGAAUUCCAGGAGAAACACAAGAAAGAAGUGGGGAAGCUGAAGAACAUGGACCUCUCUCAAUACAUAAUCCGUGGAGAUGAUGAAGAAUGGAAUGAAGUUUUGAACAAAGCUGGGGAGAAUGCCUCCAUUGUCAGCCUGAAGAGUGACAAGAAAAGGAAGCUGGAAGCCAAACAAGAACCCAAACAGAACAAAAAGUUGAAGAAAAACAGAGACAUGAAGAAUAAAAAAGAUACGAAACUGAAGUGGAAGAAAUAGGAAGGUGGGCAUCCUUGGCUGACGCGUAAGGAGAGGAGUCUGACGUGCUGAGCUGUCUCUGGCUGGACCGGGUGGCGGCCUGGAUGUUAAAAGCAACGAAGUCCCCAUCAGACCCAGAAGCUGCCCAGGAGUUCAGUCCGUGGGCCAAGCUUGGCUUAAGGCGACAUCCCUUCUGUGCUGGUCCGCUUAGAACUGGACGGUUGGACAAACCUCUGGUGCUGCUGAGGACCUGCCUCCCCUCCCCCUGUCCAGGUCUUUUUCCCCCCAUAAGUUCACACUUUGCUCUGGGCCCAGCUGUUUUGGCCCCUUCCCACCUGUUGGAAGCCACGCUGACUCUUGUCCCUUCUCAGACAUUAAAUGCACAGCCUUCUGGUGAUGCUUAGGAGGCCCCUGAUGGAGCCCUGGGCCUCUCGUCGUGGCCUAGAGCAGCAGGAGUUCUGGUCCAACCACGUGGCCGCGGCAGGUCAUUGUUCUGUGCGCUGGGCUUUGCUCUGCCGUGAAGCAUUCCUCUCCUGGCUCCGCAGGCCUGCUGCCCUGUGUCCCUGGAAAGCUUGAGCUCUUCAUUUAGGAAAAGACUAUGACAUUGAGUCCCCAGAUCUGUUAUUUCAUCUAUUUGGGAAAAAAUGUGCAAGACCAUUUUGCUAGCAGGGGUGAGGGAGGGAUAGAGAAUCUAUUUUUAAUAAAUAACAAGCUAGAAAGACCAA